AUCAGAACUCCAGAGGGGUGUGACGUCCCGGUAUCCUCGUUUACACGAAGCGCACGGUAAAUAAGGUCCGAGGAGCGGGGGGAGCAGGAGAAUGCACCCGGGAUAAGCAGAGGAACCAGCAUCCUGGCAAAACAUUUUGGAUUGGGAGAAAAACGGGACAGUCUGAGACUGCACUGAAUUCCUAAUCUUUUUGGACAGAUCACUAGAUAAGCAUUGGGACCGAAUACAUAUCCAGUUUGGUAAAACAAUGGAGUUGAACGUGUUUUUAAAGUUUUUUUCAAGAUAAAAACACAAAUGGAGCGCCAUGCAACGUGGUGACAUUUUGUCAUAAUUAACUGUUAAUAAUAAUAAAAUAAGAAUACAGUUGUGAAAAUAUAUCACUUAGCAACUUGGGAGUGUUUCUGACGGCAGGAAUAUGAAAGUAACAAAAAUAGCAAUGGACAUUAUUGCCUAAAACGGAAUAUUGCUAUUAAAAUAGUAAUUGUUUUUAUCAUCAUUAUUAACUAUAUAUAUUUGUAAUUCAUAUUGUUUUUUUAUGAAUGCAACAUGUCUGGGAUCCACAGCGCUACCAAGAGCAUACGGCCUUUCAGGUCAAGCGAGGAGUACCUGUAUGCGAUGAAAGAAGAUCUUGCGGAGUGGUUGAAGGAUCUCUACGGGGUUGAAAUCAACGUGGACACGUUUCUCGAGGUGUUGGAGACGGGCUCUUUGCUAUGUCACCACGCCAACAGCGUCACGCAGGUAGCGGCUGAAUUUCUCCGGGAAUACCCGAGUUUGGCCGAGAGGAUGAAGCUGCCCCGGUCGGGAGUCACGUUCGUCAGCUCGGCUCAGCCUGCAACGUUCCUGGCACGGGACAACAUAUCCAAUUUUAUCAACUGGAGCAGAAAUCAAAUGCAUAUUAAAGACGUGCUGAUGUUCGAGACGGAUGACUUGGUGCUCCGGAAGAACGAGAAGCACUUUGUUCUGUGCCUGCUGGAGGUGGCUCGCCGGGCCUCGCGCUUCGGCAUGGCGGCGCCCGUCCUCAUCCAGCUGGAGGAGGAGAUCGAGGAGGAGAUCCGAGAGGAGCUGGACCUGCCCCCCGUGGAGACCCCCAAACACAAACCCCUGCGCCGCAUGUCUGACUUCAAGAACCUCGACCAGAUGGUGCAGUACCUGGUGAGCCGCUGUACCUGCCCCAGCCAGUUCCCCAUGGUGAAGGUGUCCGAAGGCAAGUACCGAGUGGGGGACUCCAGCACGCUCAUCUUCGUCCGGAUCCUGAGGAAUCAUGUGAUGGUGCGCGUGGGAGGAGGCUGGGACACUCUGGAGCAUUACCUGGACAAGCACGACCCGUGCCGCUGCACUUCACUCUCUCACAAACAAGCAAUGAGGUUCGGCAGCCCUCAGAGGCCGGUGACCCCAGUGACCCCUGUCCACGAGAUCAAGGCCCGGCUGACCCCCAGACAGGAGGGGCACGGCAAGCCCCAGAGCAUGCUGCUGCUGAGCCGCUCGCAGAGCCCCAUGCCCGCAGUGGAGUGGACACCCUCCGCACCCUCCAGGGGGCUCAGGCUGAGCAGCUCCAGCAGCACUAGGCUCCCAGCCUCCUCCCCAGAUGUGAACGGACACAACACUGGCUUCAGGACCCCGGGGGACACAGCUCCGACCCGGGUGACAGAGCGAUCUGCCACUCCCUCUCGCAGACAGCUCUUCAGUGAAGGGCAGGCUGGCUCCCUCCAGACUGCAUCCACUAGAACUGGGAGAGACAAGACCAGGACCCCCCCCAGCCCUGGACUUGGGGGCAGCCUUCCCAGACCCGCCCAGCCGGCCAGCGGGCCUCGGCUUGACGCCCAGCGCUCCAGAACCCCGCUGGGCUUUCAGAGAGCCGAACCCGCUUCCCAACAGCAGCAGAACAAAGACAGCAGGCUGGCUCAUACCUGGACCAAGUCCCAGUUCUCAGAAUCCAAAAUGAAGCAAACCCCCAACAGGAACAGUGUGGAGUUACCAGCUAAUAACCGCAGCAGACCCCCCACCCCUUCUUCAAACUUUCACACAAUGGGUGGGCUGACGUCAGGCAGGCCUUCAACGCCUAAUCGGUGCCGGAGCCCCACUAAGCAAGUUCUCCCAAAACAAGAAGUGAAAGCCAGCCCUCAGACUCAAAUCAGCGCCAACACAGUCAGGGCCUCUAGUGCUAUAACCCGUUCUCAGAGUCCGACCAAGCAGGUCACCAGUAAAACAGUCAGUCAUCCCCAGAACAGACCGUCCACUCCGCUCGGCAACCCCAAUAUUGGGUCCAGAGAUGGUAGAAAAACCCCGGUCAAUGAUGGCAACCCGAGCCCCAGAAGAGGGUUGAGUGUUCCGAGGCAGAACGCUCUCCGCUCUGCCAGCCUGGGCAGUAUGAUACGCAUCAACGUGACAGAACCGGGUGAUAUGGGUGAUGUUUUCCAGCAGGGGCAGGCCUUUGAACGCCUGAACAACAACCAUAACAAUAAUACCAACAGGGCUAUGAACAGAGACAGGGAGACAGCAGGGGAGAUGGAGAGAGAGUGUCUCUUUACCCCUCCACCCAUCGGCCCUGAGCAAGAGUCUGAGUUGUACAGAAGCCUGGAGGAUGAGAUCUUGUCUAAUUUGCAGAUUUUGGACAUUGACUCGGAUGAAAACAACAACACUGAGGAUGCUGGUUCAGAGAUUCCUCUGGGACAGGAUUCAACAAUACAGGAGCUCUCCUUGGCUUCUAGACUGUCUGUCCUUACCUCCGUUCCCUCUGCUGCCCGCAGCCAGAGGACGUCCACCUUCAGUGUUUCUUCAGCCGAAGGGUCCAGAACUCCCCAAACCGAGCCCAGCUUUGAUGCUGUUAUUGCUGAAUUAUCCAGAGGCCAACUAGCGCUCAAUAAGGUGGAUGUAGAGAGCUGGGUGGCAAAAAUCCCACCCAAACCCAUUGGCCAGGUAGAACCAGGAACAGCAGCUUUCAGGGAGACCAGGAGUAUGGAUUCUGGCAGCCUGAAUGUCGCGCAGCCUAACAGGAUGGGGUCUUGGUCUUCCCUCGGCUCCAGUGUAGAGUCCAAAGAACCUGCUGAAGCUGGGAGGCCAGAUCACCAAGAUCCCAUAACCAGUGGACCUCUCACGAAGGUCAAGUCCAUGGACACCCUCGAUGGCUCCAGUACGGCUUCUUCCGGGUCUCCAGGUCCUCUGGUGAAGGCCAGAACCCCAUCGUUCAAGCAGAAACGGGGCUUAAAAAAGCCAGAGAGAGUGCCGUCCAUCUACAAGCUGAAGCUUCGUUCCAAGAUCAGGCCCAGACGGGACACCAGGCCAGAGAAAAAGCCAUCAAAGAUCCCGACCCCGGUGUCCUACAGACAUGCUCGGAGCUCAGGAGCCGACGGGACAUCAGAGGAAGCCCAGAGGAAGUCCAGUCCCAGACACCCAGUUCAGGUCUUGCAAGGCUCCCAAAGCUCCAUCCCGACUCUCUACUCCACUGAAGAUGACCUGGGAUCCGAGGAGGAUGUCUGGCCCCGCAAACAAAGCUUCUCUCCUGGGGCCAAGAUUUCGGGAAGAAAAGAAGCCUUCCAGGAAGGAACAGGGGAUGGGGAUGAGGAAUCCUGGGUUUAGUUCAACCAUGUGUGUUAUUUACAGAUGUUGGCACAAUACUGAUUGAAAUGUGCAGAUGCUAUCUGGUUAGGGGUUAAUUUGAUAAACCUAAACCCCACUGGGAUCAUUUAAAGCAUUUUGCUGCAUUGGGGAGUUACCCUGGAUUGCAUUAACAACCUAUCCAAGUGGAUUCCCUGGUACUGUAAAAUGCUCUAAAAUCCUGCUUUGGUUUAUCCCAGCAGGUAGGUUUAUCAAAUCAAGCCCUUAGUAAAUUCAACUCAGAGCAGGGCAGAAAUAUUGCAGAUAUAAGCUAUGCACUAAAAAGGAAUGGGGCAUUCAAAAUGCAGAUCUUCUUUUUUACAUGCUUUAAACAAGAACAUGUCAGUAUGAAUAAUGUGUCUUUAAAAACCUGAAACCGCACUGCUGACAGCCUAAGCCAGUUUAAGCGGAUGUGUGCGUGUGUCCUGUGCCCUAGUUCUGUAAUUCAUCAGUACUAUAGUAGGUGAUAUAUAAUAAUUCAGUCAGGAAACUCAUGCGAUUGACUCUACUACAUUAUACAUGUUUUACACUACAUUCUUUAGCCUCGUACGUCCGUAAGUUACAUUGCAGAUAAUUGGAGAGGCUGAUAGUAGGGAAGCCACGAACAGGGGGGCAGGAUAGCUGCCCUCCCCGUUAGACAAAGCCAAAAAGCAGGUGGAGGCUGGGGAGGAGGAGGCGAACUCUGGUGCACAGCGGGGACGUAAUGGAUUGAGGUAAGAUCCUUUCCUUGACGAUCAUUGUUUAUCAAAGGACAAAUUAGAUACUAGCUAUUCGAUUGACUAUUUGAUCUGGUAUUGGAAGCACCUAAAAUUUGCUUUAUGUUUAUUGUCAUUUGAUCUAAGGUUAAAGUGAGCUCCCUGCCAGAACCACCAGAUUGCUUAAUUUCCCUAGCCUAGGAGUUUGAAUCCAGCUCAGAUUCUAAUUAAAACUCCACAUUUUAUACAACUGUCAGUCUCUGCUUGAGAGAGGCCGGGGGGGUUUAGGUCAGGAUUGAGGUGCUCUCUCAUGCGAAUAUUAAUUAAGUCCUUUAGGUCCUUAACUUCUGAUGAGCACUAAAUUCACCAAUUAAAAUGUCUGAAGAAUAAAUCCCUUCCAAAGCAGACUGGAGUCUUAAAAAUAUCCCUGGCAGGGCACAGCCUCCAAGGCUAGUCUAUUUAUAGUGCUGUUUGGGCUGCUGUCUUCUAAUUCAUUAUGUGCAAAGUGUGCUAAUCUAGUGUGCUUCAUGAGCUGCAUGCCUAUGCAAACCAACUGGGAAAUCCAAAUGAAAAAAGACUCAAUUGUCAUGAAUUGCAGUGUUUUGCACACUUUGAAAGUUUGCUUGUAAAUUAUUGUAUUUCUAAAAAAAAUCCUGAUUAAAGUGCUGCAGGAUGCACCCUACAGCUUGGAGAUCGCCAGUCUGAAUCCAAGCGAUGCCAAUACCGACCCUGGACGGGAGUUCCCAGCGGGCGGCUGGGGAGUUCUUGGCUCAUUGCACACCAGUGACCCCUGUGGGCUGGCCAGUAUGCAAUUCAGAACUGCGUGGUCCUCCGACGUUGUAAGUUCUGAUACGGCUGCACAGCGGGCUUGCAGAGUGAAAAAAAGCAGACAGCUGACUGGUUUCGGAGGACGAGAGUGCUCGUCUCUCCCGAGUUAGUUUGGGGGUUGCAGUGGUGAGCCAGGUUGAAUAAUAAUUGGACAUUCCAAAAAUUAGGAGAAAAAUUACAUUGUACCCUCCAGAAAUAUUAUCUUGGCAAGAUAUAUAAUGAACUUGCCUGACAGAUAUGUCUUGAUUUAAAUGGUUUUCUGUAUUAAGAUAAUACUUUUACAUGGAGAGAGGUGUAUGAAAGAUAUUAUUUUAGUAAAAUCAUUUUUGCAAUAAUAAAAUAUUUUUUUAACA